AUGGCUGAGAACGGUAACGGCACCCUUAUCAAAACCAAGCCACGCUGCGAGCGCAACCGCGUUCUGGUAACUGGAGGUGCUGGAUUUGUUGGGAGCCAUCUGUGUGAUUAUCUUGUGGAGCGCGGCGACCAUGUGAUCUGCCUUGACAACUUCUUCACGGGUAGCAAGGAGAAUAUUGCACAUCUGCUGGGAAAGCCCAACUUUGAGGUUAUUCGGCAUGACGUCGUGGAGCCGAUCCUCCUUGAAGUGGAUCAAGUUUUCCAUUGCGCUUGCCCAGCUUCACCAAUUCAUUACAAGUACAACCCAAUCAAGACGGCUAAGACUAGCUUCCUCGGGACGAUGAACAUGCUGGGCCUUGCCAAGCGCUGCAAGGCGCGAUUCCUCAUCACCAGCACCAGCGAGGUGUACGGUGACCCAUUGGAGCACCCUCAGAAGGAGACGUACUGGGGCAACGUGAACCCCAUCGGCGAGCGCUCAUGCUAUGAUGAGGGCAAGCGUGUGGCGGAGACCUUGGCGAUGGACUACUACCGUGAGCAUGGCCUGCAGGUCCGCAUUGUGCGUAUCUUCAACACUUACGGCCCUCGCAUGGCCCUGGACGAUGGGCGUGUGGUGAGCAACUUUGUCAGCCAAGCGCUGACGAACAAGCCCAUCACGGUUUAUGGCGAUGGUCAGCAAACCCGGUCCUUCCAGUACGUCAGCGACCUCGUCCGCGGCCUGGUAGCAGUGAUGGACGGCCCUCACAUUGGGCCCUUCAACAUUGGCAACCCGGGUGAGUUCACCAUGCUGGAGCUGGCUAACCUCGUCAAGGAGGUGGUCAACCCCAACGCUGUGAUCGAAUACCGCGAGAACACUGCGGACGAUCCAUCCCGCCGUCGCCCGGACAUCACUAAAGCUACGGAAAUGCUGGGGUGGAAGCCGGAGGUGCCACUGCGGGAAGGGCUGCUGCGCAUGGUGGAUGAUUUCAAGCGCCGCCUAGGCGUGGAAUGA